CACAUGGGUGGAGUAUGGGAGCGGAUGGUGCGAAGCGUGAAAGAAUCGAUGAGAGCUCUCGACGACGGAAGGAAACUCAACGACGAGAUUCUGCUGACGGUGUUGGCGGAAACAGAAGCUUUUAUAAACUCUCGUCCACUGACGUACAUGCCUCAAAGUUCGGCCGACUACGAAGCGUUGACACCCAACCACUUUUUGGGUAACUCCACGGGAGAUCAGGACCCUAUGCGUGAUCCAAUCAGUCUCAGCCAAGCACUGCAAAGCAGUUACCUUCGUUCGCAGUAUUUAGCUGAUGCUACAUGGGACAGAUGGCUGAAGGAAUACUUUCCUAAUAUGAACAAGCGGUCCAAGUGGUUCGAAGAUGUGGUGUCGGUUAAACUUGGAGACCUGGUGUAUAUUGCGGAAGGCAGUCGGCGUACCUGGAUCCGAGGAAGGAUCGUGGAGCUAAUCCCGAACAAGGAUGGAAGGAUCAGACGUGUUGCAGUACAAACGGCAUCUGGACGACUUGAGAGACCGGUGGCGAAGCUGGCCGUUAUGGAGAUAGGUAACGGUGAAUCCGAGCAAGGCGAUGCGGAGGCCGAUCCGGAUUCACGGGGUGGAGAAUGUUCUGGCAUCCCUGACGUCGCUGCAUCUGAACAGACCUAACGGCCACGCUACGAACUGUCAAACCAGAAAACGGUUAGAAGUGAAAAUUUGCGACGAACUGAGAAAGAUUUUAGAGACGCUCUGCGUAAAAUUUAUAUGUUACCGAUAGUUUUAGUUUUUUAAAGUUGUUUGUGCCAUUCCGCACACCGGUAAAAACCCGAUCUAAGGCUGAUACCACGCACAGUCGAGCAUCCCUUUCAAAAGGGCCGAUAUAGGCCAGAAAUCUACGCUCUUUAUUUGUAUAACUUGGCAUCAAAACACGGAUACUCCUCUUGUACUAAAGGAGACAAAUCUUUGAGCUGCUCCUGCUCCAACUAGAGCUGCUGCGAGAACCUUUAGUGAAUUAUAUUCCAAC